AGCGCCCGCGCAGCGCCGGCGCGCGGUGAAGUCGCUCUUGUUGUUGUUACAGCUCCAGCGUUCUAUGAGCGCCGGUCUUGUCUCCCCCAGCUAGACUGUGAGCGCCCCCAAGGCAGGGACCUGGAGUCCCACUUCUUCGGCAUUCGGCCGACGUUUAUGUGCUAUGUGCCCAGUCCGGUGCUAGCUUCCGUGGGAGACACAGAUUUUGGCUAUGGAAAGGGGAAAUGUACUAAGCAAGGUCCAUCAGGAGCCCAGAACACACAUUUUGGAGAUGAUAAACUUGAAGAUCUUGAAGAGGCAAAUCCAUUCUCCUUUAAAGAGUUUUUGAAAACCAAGAACCUUGGCCUGUCAAAAGAGGACACGACCAACAGCAGGAUCUAUUCAAAGGAAGCCACGAGGCACUCUCUGGGACUCGACCAUAACUCCCCAACCUCCCAAACUGUGGGGUAUGGCCUGGAAUACCAGCAGCCAUUUUUCGAAGACCCAACAGGGGCUGGUGACCUCCUGGACGAGGACGAGGAUGAGGACGACAGGUGGAAUGGGGCCUACCUGCCGUCUGCUGUGGAGCAGACCCACUCGUCCAGGGUCGCCGCCAGCACAUCACCUUGCAGCACCUACGUCUCCUUUUUUUCCAACCCAUCGGAGCUGGCGGGGCCUGAGUCUCUGCCCGCAUGGACGCUGAGUGAUUCCGACUCUCGCGUCUCCCCAGCGGGGAGUCCCAGCGCAGACUUUGCAGCCCACGGAGAGUCACUGGGGGACAGGCACCUUCGGACGCUGCAGAUAAGUUAUGAAGCACUCAAAGAUGAAAAUUCUAAGCUAAGAAGAAAGCUGACUGAGGUUCAGAGCUUCUCUGAAACUCAAACAGAAAUGGUGAGGACACUGGAGCGGAAAUUAGAAGCCAAGAUGAUAAAGGAGGAGAGUGACUAUCACGAUCUGGAGUCGGUGGUCCAGCAGGUGGAGCAGAAUCUGGAGCUCAUGACUAAACGGGCGGUCAAGGCAGAAAAUCACGUCAUGAAACUGAAACAGGAAAUAAGCUUGCUGCAGGCGCAGGUCUCUAACUUCAAGCGGGAGAAUGAAGCCCUACGGGUGGGCCAGGGCGCCAGCCUGACUGUGGUGAAGCAGAACACGGACGUGGCCCUGCAGAACCUCCGCGUCGUCAUGAACAACGCACACGCUUCAAUCAAGCAGCUGGUUUCUGGAGCUGAAACGUUGAAUCUCGUUGCUGAAAUCCUUAAAUCUAUAGACAGAAUUUCUGAAAUUAAAGAUGAGAAGGAGUCCUGAGAACCACUGAGGGGCUUCCAGCUCACAGCUCUGUUUACAUCCUGAAAUAACUACCCAAAGAUUCCAAAGCACCACUGUGUCUUUACAUAUACAGUCCUCACCCGUGAUAGAAAUCUUUAUCAUGCGAGACUGACGUCACGACCGGUCACAGUGUUACCAGCCACGCACGGGGAGGAGCUGUUCCUGGCUAGGAGGCCGCCCCUGCCUUGGACGCAGCCCCUCCGGGGGCUCCCACUGGUUUCCAGCUGCCAAUCUGCUACUGGGAGGCACUUCUAUAAGAGCUGGUUUUUUUUUUAACGUACUAAACACAAAAGCAGUAGUUCUGUUUUAUAAGCGUUUUCCGUUGUCAUUCCAGAAUAAUUGUCAGAGAAGUCCAGUUGCUCGUCCUUGACUUCACGAGGCGAGAACAACACUAAAUGAGCUGUAACUAAACACCUAGUCAGAGGGGACUUGUGCCUUCCCGCCCUCGCUCCGCGCCCCCUCUGGCUCUUGUCCACUCUGUUGGCCUUCACAGGGUGGCUCUGUGGCUGGUGGCCUAAGCCCGGACCCCCACGGGGACCAAAGUCAGCACGGGCAUUCCACGGUGGGGGGCCAUCUAAGUGCAUCUCUCCGUGGGCCUUCAGAUUCAGAAAACUGCUCUUGGCUGAAGGGUUUUGGUACACAUUUCAGGUGGCACCUUAUACCAGGAGCAUGGAGCGUGGGCAGAGCCUUCCCGGGGCAGUGCGCCGUGCCCCACAGUGCCUCUCCCACCCCUUCCUGUCUGCAGUGAGGCCUCGUGCACUAGACGCCUUUCUGGCUGUGUUCCCGUGGAUGUUAUUUUUUAAAAUAAACUUCCUUUUCCUCUCCU